CGUGUUCAUGCUCAACCAGCCAUGUUUUUUCGAUACCAAAAUUAUAAUUAUGAUAUUGAAUUUGACAAAAAUGAUUUUUGAUUAAUACUCUUGCAGGACAGACAGAACAAUCAGAAUCUACAGCUCAGUUGAGAUUCUCGGACUAUAUAUAUAUCCCCUAGUCGAAAGAAUCCACCCAAGUCAAGAUAAAACCCCACCACACAGUAUAAAUCAAUCUCUUUCUCUAAUUCCCGGUUGAUUUUCCGAAAUGGCUGAUUCUAAUAAGAUGGUGUCCGUGGAGGAGGCCCUGGAGAUAAUACUUAGGGUUGCGCAAAGGCUGCCGCCGGUGACUGUGCCGCUGCACCAGGCGUUGGGCAAAGUCUUAGCACAAGACGUGGUUGCUCCCGAUCCUCUUCCGCCGUAUCCUGCGUCUAUUAAGGAUGGUUAUGCUGUGGUUGCUUCAGAUGGUCCUGGUGAGUAUCCUGUUGUUACCGAGGCACGAGCAGGGGAUGAUGCUAUCGACAUCAUGUUGACCCCUGGAACAGUUGCGUAUGUCACAACAGGAGGACCAAUACCUGAUGGAGCGGAUGCUGUUGUGCAAGUAGAAGAUACAGCGAUAGUAGAGAGUGAAUCUUCUGAUCAGAAGCGAGUGCGGAUAUUGAAACAGGUCUCAAAGGGACUUGAUAUUAGACCAGUGGGGUAUGAUAUUGCCAAAGGUGAUGUAGUUUUGUACUCUGGAGAGCGUAUAGGCCCUGCAGAAAUUGGUCUACUUGCUACAGCGGGUGUAUUUUCUGUGAAGGUGCAUCCCACCCCGAAAAUUGCAGUACUUUCCACUGGUGAUGAACUAGUUGAGCCAACCACUAAGUCUUUGAAUCGUGGUCAGAUUAGGGACUCCAACCGCUCCAUGAUCCUCGCAGCAGCAGUUCAAUACCAUUGUGAAGUUCUUGACCUUGGUAUAGCUCAUGAUGAUGAAAAAGAAAUUGAGGAUGUUUUGGAUAAGGCAUUUUCAAGUGGCAUAGACAUCCUGUUAACUUCUGGAGGAGUUUCAAUGGGAGACAGGGAUUUUGUUAAGCCUUUGCUUGGAAAGAAAGGAAGAUUAUAUUUUCACAAGGUUUGGAUGAAACCUGGAAAACCUCUUACAUUUGCUGAGGUUCCAUCGGGAUCAACUGGGGCAAGGGCAGAUAAGAAGGUUCUUGCAUUUGGUUUGCCAGGAAACCCAGUUAGCUGCCUAGUUUGUUUCAACCUCUUUCUGGUUCCUACAAUUCGACAUCUCUCUGGAUGGAAACAACCUCACCUUCCAAGAGUGCAUGCUCGGCUUAAGCAAUCAAUUAAGGCAGAUCCCAUCCGUCCAGAGUUUCAUCGUUCUGCUCUCAAGUGGGAAGCCAGUGCGGAUAAUUCAGGAUUUGUUGCUGAGAGCACUGGCAACCAAAUUAGCAGUCGACUAUUGAGUAUGAAGUCAGCAAAUGCGUUGUUGGAACUGCCUCCUACAGGCAGCUUGAUUCCUGCUGGAACUACUGUGGUGGCAAUUGUCAUUUCUGAUAUAAUUGGUUUUGAUGGAAGUGGCAACUUGUCAUCAUUGAGAGCAAUCAGUAAGACACAAAGAAGCUACAGUGGAAACACCGAUGCAGACAUUCAUAACAAUCCAGAGUAUAGAGUGGCUAUUCUUACAGUGAGCGAUACAGUUUCAUCAGGAGGUGGACCUGAUCGAAGUGGCCCACGGGCCGUAUCUGUUGUGAAUUCAUCAUCAGAAAAACUAGGUGGGGCAAAAGUUGUUGCAACAGAAGUUGUUCCAGACGAUAUUCCAAAAAUUAAGGAAGUGCUGGAGAGAUGGAGCGAUGUUGAUAAAAUAGAUCUUAUUCUUACUCUUGGUGGCACCGGAUUUACCCCUAGAGAUGUCACUCCUGAAGCAACAAAACAAGUGAUACACAAGGAGACACCUGGUCUACUUUAUGUUAUGAUGCAAGAGAGUUUGAAGGUGACACCAUUUGCAAUGCUAUCACGAUCUGCUGCUGGAAUACGAGGGUCAACCUUGAUCAUUAACAUGCCUGGAAACCCUAAUGCUACUGCUGAAUGUAUGGAGGCUUUACUGCCUGCACUGAAGCAUGCACUGAAACAAGUAAAAGGAGAUAAGAGAGAGAAGCAUCCUCGGCAUGUCCCACAUGCACAAGCAGGCCGUACAGACACCUGGGAACAUAGCUAUAAGUUGGCUGGCGGGGGUGCUGAGGAACCUGGUUGUUCUUGUUCCCAUUAGUUGCUCCUUAGUAGAAAAGGUCCAUAAUUUACCCUACAAACGUCACUCAGAAUGAAAGCUUUACUGCCUUUUAAAGGAUUAAAUAACAUGUAGAAAGGCUUAAAAUAAACCACAGUGCUACAAGAUUUGUAUAAUGGAUGUCUUUUCUGGAAAACGUAUCAAUUUUCCGUAAGGUAGAAGUAGAUUCAAUUUGUUUAGCUGAGUUUGUGUGUUUAUUUCCGUCCUAGCAAAGUUACUUGUUACUUUUCUUUCUAUGUGUAUGUGCUUGCAGUAUUUGUUUGAGCUUUGCUGCGCUGACCAACUGUUUCAGCAGAAGACAAGCAGAGAGGAUCAUUAUGCAUUGCCUAGCUCAUUUUUCCCAGUUUGACAUAUAGUUGUAAAAAUUUGUGCUUAUGAGAUCAGGGCAGAUAAAUAGUCUUAUCUGCAUGGUAGAUUAGCAAGAUAUCAUAUCCAUUGUUUAUAAGUGUUAAUUGUGGGAUGUGACGCACCAUUUGGAUGAAUUGUUGAUGCCAUGCACCACCUGUAUCUGCACUCCCCAAGAUUCCCAGACUCUUCUAAAGGCAAAUGGACGGCAGCAACAUUCAAGUAUUUACGUACUUUUAUUUCUCCUUUUUGGUCUGUCCAAGUUCACAGACUUUUUCUUUAAGUGAUAUUUGUAGUCUGUGAUUAUAUUCUAUGUGAUGCUUCCAUUCCAUAUCUGCAAGAGAAAUGAUGUUGCAACAUUUUCUAUUGAUUGCAACAGUUCAUAGCGUUCGUAGGGUUUUUCUUUUAAUACGUACCAAUUGAUGUGGGCCAUCUUUGUCUUUAGUUUUUCGUAUAAUUGCUUUUAUGAAGAUAAGAUCAAGCUUGAUAUGUUCAAAAUUAUUUGGAUCUGCAUUUCACUUUCUAUUACUUCACUCAAUUUCAUUGAACGAAAUACAUCAAGUAGACAGGUUUCUUGCAACUUACAAGUCCUUAAUUCUAUACUUUGUAUUCAAGUACUUACCAUAUAGAAACAUUAACUGAAUGAUUUUUUCUGCUGUGUUAAGGAAUAGGCGACAUGAAUACUUGCUGCUUUAUUUGAUGUUUGACUGAAGAUAGAUAUUCUUUGAUGGCUAGGAAGCUGGAGAAACCCCUUUAAGGAAAGAUGAAAGCAUGAAAAGUGCCCUCUCAGGUUGGUAGCUUGGCACAAGAUGUCCUGCACCUCUCACUGUCACGAAGUGACUCCAAGUUGUGGGCAUCACAUGUAAAGCCUUUUGUACUUCUGCGGUGUUCAAGUAGGAAGUGACGUAUGCAUCUGAGCAGGGAUCGAAGAAAGUAACCUGCAAAAAUGAUUAGGGAUCCAUAAGGCUGCAAUAAUACAAUAGUAUCUGAUUUAAGGUUGUUAGAGCUAUUGUUUCAGGAACUUACUGAACCAGUGGAGCCAUUCUUGAGCGCUGAAUUCAGACAGAUUGGUGCGUACAUGUUAUUUAUAUCAAUAUCACCCAGCUCUUUGGCAGAGGUCAUUGCUGCACUGUAACAUUGAUCGGAUGCAGUGUUGUUUUCAAAAUUGCAGUACUUGAAGAUGGCUGCAUGCGUCUCAUCAGAGUUCAAUGCGUGUGACCAUACAUGGUCAUAGUACCCAGUCCCCAUUGAUGUGUCGUCUACCAGCGCAUUCCCUAUCUAAAGAUUUCGAAAGGAUAGUGUUUGCCAACUGAGGCACAUAGUGGCCGGCGUAGCUCUCCCCUGUGAUGUAAAAAUCCCGGGUUUUGUACUGUGGGAACCUCUCAAGCCAGUUGACCAGAAAAGUGUAGGCAUCGUUGGCAGUACUUGUGUCGCCAGUGUUGUUGUAAUCACUGGUUCUGUUUGAAUAUGAGAAGCCUACCCCAGCAGGCGACUCAAGGAAGAUCACAUUCGCCACUGCCCAAUUCCAGAGUUUUGCCAUCGCUGUUGACUCUGAAAGGGCCCAACUCCUCCAUGGCUCCAUAUCCAAAUGAUGAGCAUCCUGGCCCUGCAAAUCAGCCGUUUUAUAGGUAUCAUAAUGCCCACUAAGCUUAGUGAUAUCGAAUACGUGAAAAGAUUGAAUCUUUACCUCCAUUAAGCCACAGAAGCAGAGGAUUGGUGGAAGAAUUAACUGGAGACUCGACAAAGUAAUAGAAGAGAGCCUUCCCAGCCUGUGGAUCGACUGUAACAUACCCUGCAUACUGAUCGAAAUCCACAUUGUCUGGGGCCCCUGGCAAUGUGUCAAUCUUGUCAGCAGCCAUCAGUCCAGAUUGGUCUGAAAGAAAUUCAUCAAACUCUUCCUUUUCUGCAGGUAAUUCAGUAUUGGUGGAAUGAGUUGAUCUCCUUGUCUUGAGAUAGCGAUGCAGGUAAGUCGCCUGGUCUGCACUGCAGAGGAUCAAAAGACCGAAGGAAAGGGUUGUUACCAGAAACAAAGAUGCAAGAUUGUUCAUCUUGUUAUUCCUGCUGCUUGGACUGGUUUAGCUUACAAUGGCUAGCCGAUAUACUGUAUGUAUAUGUGUGUAUAUAUAUAUAUAUAUAGAGAGAGAGAGAGAGGAACAUAGCCAACGGAACCGAAGGGGGACGGCAAAAUGGAUGGACAUAGGUUGUCCUGUUGGGAGGGGGAACUUUGGGGAUGUAAACUAACUAACAUACUAACAGAUGAAAUGUGUGUGUGUAAUAAAUAGCUGUUGGUCUUGGUCUUA